GAGGGCGGUGAUUGGCGGAGGGGCGGCUCCCGGACGUGAGGCGGCAGCGGGGCCAUGGAGCUCGGGGACCGCGGCGGAGCCGGGCCGGGCCCGGGGAAACCGGCUGUGGAACGGGAAGGGCUCGAGCUGCUGCAGCACACGGUGGGCGCCCUGCUGUCGAGCUAUGGCUGGUACGUCCUGCUGGCCUGCGUCGCCAUCUAUCUCAUCGUGCAGAAGAUUUCCUCGCGGUGGGGGAUGAGGCCCAGCAGCCAGCGAGGAGCAGCUGGAGCAGACAUAGAGCCUGACAUGGUGGUAAGGAGACAAGAAGCUUUGCUGGCAUCUCGUCUGAGGAUGCAAGAGGAGCUGAAUGCACAAGCAGAAAGAUACAAAGAAAAACAAAGACAGCUUGAAGAACAGAAGCGAAGGCAGAAGAUAGAAAUGUGGGAAAGUAUGCAAGAAGGAAAAAGUUAUAAAGGAAACCUGAAACUGAGUCAGCAAGAAGCAGAAUCUGGUGCCUCCGCCUCAUCAGCAGUCCCGAAAUCUAAACCAAACAAGAAGCCCUUGCGAGGAGGUGAUUCUGUCCACUGAAACCUUUCCCUAAGAAGAAUGUGGCCUUGUUUAUCAGUGUUGAGGCUAUAACCCCCUGUCUGGAGAAGGAGGUGGAACUUGUUCCUGGAGACCAGGCCGUAGGGGCCCCUCUGCAGGUGGAUGAGGCUAACCUGCCUGGGGUCCCUUCAGCUUGCCCACUGUCUGCUGCCUACAGUUUGCUGUCACACUGACUCCUUUGGGAUUUGUUUGAGCACAGGUGUUAACACAGAUUCACACCAUUUCUGAAUAUUAACAGCAGCUACACGAGAAAAAUACCUGAUCCUCUAAGAGAGGGUGAAGGAAGAAAUAAUGUCAGUGUAAUUAGUCACUUUGUUUUCUCUUUAGUGAGGAAGUAGCCUCCAGCCAGGACGAUCAUUUGUGGUUGUGAGAGCUGGGUUCCAUGGCUGACCAUCCAGAAGUCUGGCCUCAAACAAAUCAAUGUCUAGACCUCAGUUUACCUGCUUAACAACGAGGGCUUCACCAACCUUACAUGCAUGCAAUGGGAUUUACUGUGUUUGGCUGGAAGAUACAUGGGUGGGAAGAAUAUUAUCAUUGGCAGACAGGUUCAAUUUUAGAAGGAGGGCCUUUGAGGAAAGCUGGAUGAACUGACAGAUGCGUUGGGUUUGCACCAGAAGCUCCUUAUUGUGGAAGAGUCUCUGUGACAAGCAGCUUUGUAUGAUGUUUUCCUUAUAAAUGGUGAACAAACCACUGAGGAUUACUGAUGCUAGGCAGCAGAUGAGGGUUUCUUGCUAUUCUUUUAAUUUUCCACUGCUUUGUAAAAACGAUACAGUUAAUAUUAAAUAUAAUUGCAAACAAA